GUCAUGUCGUUAGUAGUAUAUUACACCUGUGAGAAGUGGAAUUUACAAACGAAGACACGAUGUACAAAGUGUUGAUAUACUAUGUUUGUCUGCUAUGCAUCCUACUACAUGUGGUGAGCGCGCUCGUCUGUCACCAGUGUGCGGAGAUCGGCGGGGACGACUGCGGGGACCCGUACGACCCUAUUGGCAACGACAACACCGACGACUGCGGGGACAAGGACACGCACUGUGUCAAGUACAAGACGAUUAUCAAGAUCCGAGACUCCGGCUACAUCAACGGACGUGAACGAGAAUCCGUCAUAGUGAGUCGUCUGUGUGAGCGACUGGACGGACGAUCGGAUGGGUGCAAGGGUCAGAAAGCCGACAGCGGCAUCAUCAUCAAGUGCAUCUGCAGCACCGACGGCUGCAACGGCGCCGGGUUUACGACCGUCAGUGUAGGCGUCCUCAUGUUCGGACUGGUCGCCCACAUGUUAGCCAGUGUAGUGUGAAAAUGACAGUCCACCAUCAUGACAGUCCAGAAUCAUUCAAGAUAUUUUUCAAUCUGAUAUUCAAGAGACUGUCCUAAGUUUGUAGCCAUUGUAACACGCGUCUUACCAAAAAUCUAUAGUCUCUUAUAAUUAUUAACAUUACAGCAUAUAUACAGAAUAUAUAUUUUUAAUAGUCAAUGCAUUUCAGGGCUCGUACUUAUGAAUCGCAACGACUAACAGUUACCAUGUUCAAAAUCGUAUCUCUACGUGAGCCACAGUCAAGAGGAAGUUUUGGCAAGAUUUUGAAUGUGUUAGCAUUGAUACGUUCUACGGAGUGAUCUUAGUGCUAAGAUCACAUUAAAUACAUAACUACCUUAAAUGCACAUGAGGUGAUGUUAGUGCUGAUUUUGCUUUGUGAAACGGAACCAUGGCAUAACAUUUUCUGGGUAUAGUGUAGUUUCAUUUCGGUGAAAAUAUUGGGUGACGAUUAUUUGUUCAGUUCGAAUAUUAGGGUUAGAUAUAGAGUUGGACUUAAAACAAAAUAUUCUGUAGUACCUUAAAUUUUGCAUAUAACAUACACCAGAGCAGAUAAUAUAAUAUAACAUGACAUGGAGCCCUUCAUGGAUCGCUGUAGGAAAUACGGCACCCCUCAGAACCAUACAUACUUGCUAAAACAUUUAAAAUCCGUACGAUUUCAGUAGUCUGCAGGUUUUUGGGGGAUUUUAAAAAUAAAUAUUUAUUAUCCCAGAUUAUGUAGCAGUGUCGUGGUUGGGAGCCCCGAAUCACUGCUGUACAUACAUAUCCAUGUUCUAAGCAACAUAAAAAACACCUUAAAAAUAUCAAAACUAACAGAAACUAGUUUGCAGGUUUUAACCACAGCGCUUGUCCAUUGCCAGAUUAGACAGUUACUAACUUUUAUACAAAAUGGCUACAACAUUUAGUCUAAUAAAAUUUCCCUUAAAUUAACACCAAUUUCAUAAUUUUCAAGGACGUGCUCUGUACAUCUGAAAAUUGGCUAAACCAAAAUUAAUUUCAAGUGUGAGCCCUCACAGGUAUACUUAUUGGUAUGAAGUGGACUUCAGGAACGCCUUGAUUCUGGAUGUUAAUUGUUUGUAAGAACGGGGCCUCCUGGUCAUGCUCAUGUUUGGAGUAGCCCAGUAUGUUUUUUUUCUACAAUAAUUCCGAAUGUAACCAUUUUGUUUUCUUCCAGACGUUAAAAGAAGAACUAACUGGGUAAAAAUAAUCUGGAAUGGGUUGUUUUUCUUUUUUUAAAACGUAUCACUGUAUAUUUUAAGCUUUGCACACGUUUAACUAGUCCUAGGCAUACCUAGGCAUCACUGUGCUAUGGCUACAAAUUGAGGAUAGUCUUUCUAAAUUGAUGACAGUGUUUAACAGUUAUUGUCUGUCAAGGGAACAUUAAAUACGCCCUGCCGUAUGCAAACGAGUGUUUUUACAUGUGAAAUUAUUAACAGUCAGCUGCACACACAGGUCAUAUUUAAUAUGAAUUAGGUGAUCUUGUAAACAAUUUUGCGUAUUUGUUUUCGUAUGCGUGAAUGUUUGUGUGUGUAUAUAUAUUUUAGGUCUUGUGUUCGUUAAAGGAACGACAGUGUCACGUUUUUAAAAACCAUUUUAACACCAAUCAUAGGGUAAAUAUUUGGGUACAGCGACCAGUGAUGUCAUAACUGUCAAUAAUGUAAUAAUAGUCAACAAAAUAGUUGAAAAACCCCCCCAAAUAACAGUCAUAGUAGUUAGUACUUUAAGUAUUGGAUCAUGUGAAUUUAUAAUAUUAUUGUACCUUUUAUUACAUAUUGGCAGAUAUGACAUUACUUGAAGUACUUUGUUAUGUUCGCACUUAACAUUAUUGAACCACAGUGGGAUUGUGUUGUUAACCACUAUUACAUAUUAACAGUUAUUACCCAUUUUUGUGUAUAUCCCGAUGAACGAGCCGUUAAGGCCGCGGGCUGUCAAAUACCAUGCGAAUCGGCGCAGUAGGUUCGAAUCCUGCCAAUUGACACUUUGUGUUUCUAAAUAUUAUACUGUCGGACGUAACACUCGUUCACUUGCUACUUUGCUGAUGGCAGAGUUUGUGUUAUCAUAUGUCUUCAGUGCGCACAUAAUCGUUUUAAAAUAUGUAUGUGUAUAUAUAUACCCAAGAACGGUCAGAAGUGUUAUUAUAAUUUUUUUAUUAUUUUACUUUGAUAAAUCGUAAAACUAUUACUAUUUCACCAAGCUAGAGUUGCUGUAUUUGUCGUGUCCAACCAUGACAGGCAUACACAUGUAUUUAACGACACCACUAGUGCACAUUGAUUUAUUAAUCAUCGGCCAUUGGAUGUCAAACAUUCAAACAUUUGAUAUUUUUGACAUAUAGUCUUAGAGAGGCUACAUUUUUCCAU